GCGGGAGGAGCGCGCUGGGCAGGCUGUAGAGGGGGAGGAGAGAGGAGAGAGGAGUGGGGAGAGAGGAGAGGAGAAAAGAGGGUUAAGAGGAGGGAAGGGAGAAGAGGAAAGAGGAGGGGAGAUCAGCCGGAGGGAGGCGGGUCUGAGCCACCGCCCAGGUGACGUGGCACCCACUCGCCUUGUCCGCCCGCCACGUUGGCGUGCUCCUGCUUCUCAGCCAUCCCCGGGCAUCUGCAGUGGAGGCCGCGGGACUCCCUAAAACCUCUGUCACCAAGAAGACCUGGAGCUGUGGCCUAUGGUUUCCUAGGACUUCACUCUCCCACCUUUAAAGGGUAGAGUCCUGCUCUAAAAACACAGCUGAAAAUGACCAAGUUCAAGGGACCCGUGACAUUAAGGGAUGUUACUGUGGAAUUCUCCAAGGCAGAAUGGAAGCUCCUGACCCCUGCUCAGAAGUCCCUUUACAAAAAUGUAAUGCUGGAGACCUACAGUAACCUGUUCUCUGUGGGUUAUCGUGUGGUUAAGCCAAGCGUGAUCUCCAAGUUGAAGAAAGGAAAAGAGCCAUGGCCAUUGGAAGAGUUCUUACGUCAGAGCCGUGGUGGUAAGCGGCAGACCGCGCACGAUCCCAGAACCAAACAUCAGGAGCAACAGGCUGGAAAUGCAAGGAAAGGAGAACUCAUAAAGCGUCAGAAAACUCCCACCCGGCAUGAAAGCUUCGACUGUAGUCAAUGUGGAAAGUCCUUCUGCCAGAAGUCUUCCCUCUUGGCACACCAGGAAACACACACCAAGAAGUCCUAUAAAUGUGAGAAAUGUGGACAAGCUUUCUAUACAGAUGAAGACCUCACAAUUCAUCAGAAAGUUCAUACCAGAGACAAAACCUACCCAUGUAAAGAAUGUAACAAAAUUUUCUAUCACCUGUCAUCUCUCACUAGACAUCUGAGAAUCCAUGCUGGGGAGAAACCAUACGAAUGUAGCCAGUGUGAGAAAUCGUUCUACCAGAAGCCACACCUCACAGAACACCAGAAAACACACACAGGGGAGAAACCUUUUGAGUGUAAGGAAUGUGGGAAGUUCUUCUAUGUGAAGGCAUACCUCCUGGUGCAUCAAAAGACACACACGGGGGAGAAACCUUUUCAGUGUAAGGAAUGUGGGAAUUUCUUUUCUCAAAAAUCACACCUCACAGUCCAUCAGAGAACACACACAGGGGAGAAACCCUAUAAGUGUAAGGAGUGUGGGAAACUCUUCUCUAGGAAUUCACACCUCAAAACCCAUCAGAGAACUCACACCGGGGAGAAACCCUAUAAAUGUAAGGAGUGUGGGAACUGCUUCUACCAGAAGUCAGCCCUCACUGUGCACCAGCGAACUCACACCGGGGAGAAACCUUUUGAAUGCAGUAAGUGUGGGAAACACUUUUACUAUAAAUCAGAUCUCACCAAACACGAGAGAAAGCACACAGGGGAGAAACCGUACGAAUGUGCCGAGUGUGGCAAAUCUUUCUCUGUGAACUCAGUCCUCAGAUUACACGAAAGGACUCACACAGGGGAGAAGCCAUACGAGUGUGAGAUCUGUGGGAAGUCCUUCUCUCAGAAGUCACAUUUUGUCAUCCAUCAGAGAAAGCACACAGGGGAGAAGCCCUACAAGUGCCAGGAGUGUGGGGAAGGCUUUAUCCAGAAGUCACAUCUCACAUCACAUCAGAAGACACACUCUAAGAAGGGAAAAGCUAACAAAUAGUGUGAGUUCAGAACCCCUGCAGGAAUUCACCCUUUGGCUGUAAUCCACACAGAAGGAGAACCUUCUAACUAUGGAGGAAAAAAAUGUCAGCCAUGUUUUUUUUUUUUUCCCUCAUAGAAUAAUCAGCAAAUGUUAUUAGGUAGACCUUUAAAAUAGGCUCAAUUUUCAGAAGCUGUGCAAACGACAAAAUGUGAAAGAAACUUUUCUCUUAGAAGUCACACUGACAUCAUAUAGAAAUAACACAGGGCAGAAAUCCAGUAAAUGAAUUUCCAAAAGUUUCUAUCAUAGCAUCCGGCACUAUGCAUGCAGAGUCCACAGUGAGUAACUCCCCUGGGUAUCAGGCACUCAGAAGUCUCCUCACACAGUUGCACUCAUCUUAAAAAGAUGAAGGGGAAAUCGUGCAUAGAUUGCAACAGAUAAAAUGCCUUAUCGAGAACACGCCCAUCCUGGAAUGUUAAUUGCAUGAAUUCUUUAGUUAUAUUUAUAUAGGUAUUUUAAAUAUUUGAAAUACCUUCAACAAAAUUUUAAAAGAGUUUACCCUGAAGACAGUGGUUACACUCCAAGUCCUGCUGCCAGUUCCAAGUUUAUUUUUACUUUCUAAAAAAAAUAUACUGUAAACGGAAACCAACUAAUAUCGUAUAUAUCAAAGGUAUUUUAAAACACAGGGUCUGGAGAGGUGCCUCAGAGGUUAUGAGCACUGAUUGCUUUUUCAGAGGUUCUGAGUUCAAUUCCCAGUAACCACAUGGUGGCUCAUAACCAUCUGUAAUGAGAUCUAAUGCCCUCUUCUGGUGUGUCUGAAGAGAGCAACAGUGUACUCAUACAUAAAAUAAAUAUUUUUUUUUUUUUAAAAAAGAGCAAAAACCAGGAAAUGUCAUUAAACAAAUAAGUCUUGAUAUGUAAGAUGUAGGUAUGUGUGUGUGGUUAUCUAUAAAAAAAAAUUCUAAAUGUGUGACUUGCUCCUAGAACCCAUCUGUGGCUGUUCCUGAGCUUAGUAGCUGUGUAAGGACAUGUGUCACAUUGUAUCAACAGUGAUUCCCACCAGUGGCAUUGUUCCUGUAACAUAUGUUGGUGUAUACUUUAAAUGCAUAUUGUGUCUUUUUGUCAGUCUCUGGCCACUUACAAAUGGGUUCAGACAUUGUUACUAAAUGGACCCUUCAAAAGAAACACUGUUUCUGUAACACUCUUUUUCAGCUAUAUUGUGAUGGGCUGAACUUUGGGUUGGACAUGCAUUUGAGCAUUCUGAGCUGUUUCGAAAGCACCAGUAUUUACUUAUCUUACUGUAGAUGUGUAGCAGUGGCAUCUGUGUUUGUAUUGUGUAUGGAAAAUACCUCAUGGCUUUUCCUUCCUAUUCUGGGUAACAGAGGCAACAUGGCCGUGGCUAUAAGUGAGAUUCUAGGCUCCUACUACCUUCUUUGACCCAGAUUCCAGCAUGGACAUGUGGUGUAACUUCACUGUGCCUCACCUUCUUCCUCUGUAAGAGUAAUGAUAGUGACAUCCUAGAAUUGCCUUGAGGUUGAAAUAUGGUGCUAUUUUGAAGCACUCAGAACAGUGUCUGUAAAACAUAAGAACUCAACAUUAGAUAGUAUUCUCAUUAAUUUGGAUUUUCCCGAAUCACACAGUGAAAAGGUUGGCAACCCAGAACUUAUCUCCCACCUCAUUCCUGUUAGUGCCUUGAUUUGAUUUGGCUGUGUAUCUCCCACUGAGGCUCAGGAGCAGACCCUGAGUAGGCAAGGUCAGGGAUUGGUGAGCCACAGCCCAUCGGCCAGAUCCACAGUCCAUUUUUCAUAGCCUGUAAGCUGAGAUUAGUUUUAUAUUACUCAAUGAUUGCAAAAAUUAAGUAUUUUGUGACACAUGAAGGUUGUGGGAAACAAAAGUUCCAUGUUUAUAACUAAAGCACUUUGAGAACACUAAUACAAACCUGUUUGCUUGCUUUCUGCCUAUGCUGCCUUCGAACUGUGCUAGCAAGGCAGACCACGUGGCAGUAGAGCCUGACACAUUGCUGACUCCGCACUUUACCACAUAGGUUUCUGUUACUCAGGGCUGUGCACGCUGCAACCCGGCCUGAGCCCAUUUCUUUAUGUUCUGUUUACCAAAUGUGAUGCCUCAGUAUGUGGGCGGGUGAUUUCUGUGCAGUGUAUUUAUUUUGUGCAUUGUAUUUAUAUAUAGAAAUAGCCUAGGCUUUGAAGUAUUUUUUCCCAAAGAAAUGUGGUUUGUUUGUUUUUUUGUUGUUUUGGUUUUUGUUUUUUUUUUUACUUACUGAAUUGUUACAUUAAAACACAUGAAAUGUAAUACAUAUAUGAAAUAAUUGUUGUUUCAA